GCAUAUUUAUUGCAAUUAACAAAACAAGCGUCUGACGAGUGACGAGGGAGAGUGUCUGUAAAUUGCGAGUUUGGAAUAAAGCAGAGAUAGGAAAAAUACGGCAAAGGAUGUGUGUGUGGAAUCGGUGAUCGAAAUCGUUGAAUGCUAUCUUUGUUUACGAAAUGAAGGAGGACGCUAACAAAGAUAAAGACAAAAACAGGAGGGUUUGGGGAGCUUUACUCUUCGGUUUGAUUGGCGCCUCCGUCACUACCUUUGCGGUCGGUCAGCUGCGGAGGACUGUUGAAUGGUUCUAUGUUCAGAUGUCGAGGACGCAGUCGUCGUGGAAAGGAGAGAGUGGUGGUUCUUUCCGAUCAGCUUUUCAGGAGGAAGCAUGGAGGAGACACAAUAAGCGAAUGCAAGAGGAGUUGGAGGAGGAGAUGGAAAGAGUCGAGCGAAUAAGGCGUAUGCAAAGUGUGUUUAACAGAGAAAGGAAUAAGUAUAAAAGAAGCUAUGAGAGCUGGAGGGAAAGCGGUCCUGGUGCAUAUCAUCAGCAUUACCAGAGAGAAGAUUGGUACUGGAAGGCUGAUACGUCCUUUAGAGACAGGAGGACUAAUUAUCGAGAAACUCCAAGAGAGAGUGGAACCUAUGCAUUAUCACAUCACUACUCAGUUUUGGGUCUUGAUAGGUUUAGAAAAACACCAUAUUCAGAGGCUGAGAUUAAGACAGCAUUUAGGACCAAGGCGAAGGAGUAUCAUCCUGAUCAAAACCAAGAUAAUAUAGUGGCUGCUGAGGCAAAGUUCAAGGAAGUGUUGACUUCAUAUGAGGCCAUAAAACAGGAAAGGAGGAACCAUCAUUUGUAAUUGCCUAAAUCUGCCCAACUAUCCUGGGAUCCAAAAGUAUGCGAGGUAUUCCAAAUAAAUAAAGUUCCUCGUUACAUCAUUGAAUUAUCAUCCAACUAAAAUAGUUGUCUGUGAGUAAAUUUUCUGCAAUAAUUAGAUAACUAGAUUAUGGUUUUUUUUAAUUAUGAAAUUCAUCAAAUAUAAGGUUAUGUAUUAAUUAUUUAGCAUCCCAACCAGAUAUUUAAUGCCCCUGGAAUGUGGUCUCAAUAGAUUCGAGGGGGUUGUAUUUUCCCAUCAAUUCACUUCCUGUACACAGCUGGAGCUCACCAAAGUAACCACAAACUAUUUUGUCACACAAAUGUAUUACUACUAGUACUACUACGUACUAUGUUAGACACACGUGGCUUGCAGUACCCUUGUCAAUCACGAUUACUACACAUAAUGUUAGUCACAUGAUGACUAACACUUGGUUUGACGACCUAUUCAUUAUUUUAUUUUAUUUUUUACUGCAACCCAUUCAUUAUCUUAUUCACUAUUCCUACAUAUAUAACGUUUACCACGAAUGGAACGGUCAUUUAUGUAAGGCAUUUUCCCUUUGUAGUUUGGACUUUAAGUGCCAACUUUAUUUA